AUGACCUCACCUGCAGUACACGCCGACGACGAAUGGUCCCCUCUCCGCGCCGUUAUCGUCGGUCGAGCUGGAAGGUCAUGUUUUCCCAGUGCUUCGAAAAGGAUGAUCGAGGCGACCAUGCCAUCGGAACAUGUCCACCGCUUUCAGCUAAAGUCCCCCUUCCCUGAGAAUCUCGUCGCCAAAGCAGAAGUCGAGCUAGACCAGUUCGCCGCUAUCCUGGAGAAAGAGGGCGUAAAGGUAUACCGGCCUAAGGGCAUCGACUGGCUGGUUGUAGACGGCUAUACAGGGGCUAUGCCGCGGGAUGGACUUAUGAGCGUCGGGAAUACACUGAUCGAAGCGUGCUUCGCAUGGCAAUGCCGCUCACGAGAGAUCGAGCUCGGGUUCACGCCUAUUCUCGACGAACUCGCGCAUGAUCCCCGAGUGCGUGUCGUGCGGCGACCCGAGUAUGCCUUCGCAGAUACCAUAGACGACAAUGAAGGCAAAUGGGCAAUCAACAACAUCCGACCCGCGUUCGACACAGCCGACUUCAUGCGCUUCGGCCGCACCCUCAUCGGCCAGUACAGCCACGUCACCAACCAAGCAGGCGUGGACUACGUACGCCAGCACCUACCCCCCGGCUAUACCAUCGAGAUCCUCGAUGUCAACGACCCGCACGCAAUGCACAUCGACGCAACCAUCCUCCCCCUACGCGAGGGCCUGCUCGUAUACCACCCGCACAAAGUCACCGAGGAGGCACUGCGGCGGCAUACUGUUCUUGCGGAGUGGGACCUGCAUGCUUACCCGUUCACGCCCGAGGGUAGAGAUGAACCACCGUUGUACAUGACUAGUCCGUGGUUGUGCUUGAAUGCGUUGGUGUUGGAUGGGAAGAGGGUAAUUGUUGAGGCAGGGGAUGAGCGGACGGCGGGGUGGUUUGAGGAGUUGGGGAUGGUGUGUAUUCGGUGUCCGUUUCAGCAUGUAAAUAGUAUUGGGGGUUCGUUUCAUUGUGCGACGGUUGAUCUUGUGCGUGAGCAGGAAUGA